UUCCCCUUCCCCUCUUUGCUCCCCCAAAGGACCCAAGACCCAGAAAGGAAACGGACAGUAAACAAAGUGAAACUGAUCCCAUGGGCUCUCCCUGGAAAGACACACAGCCAGGAGUAGAAAUAGGGCCAGGUGACCUGGAUGGCAAGCCGGGGAAUUGACAAAGAAAGGAGAAGCCCGGUGCAGUGAGCGGGGUCUCUCCCUCAAGCAUAGAAAAUCGCUUUCCUUUCUGGUAAGUUAAGGCCUCCAUGACUCCAUCUCUUCCCAGAGGCAUUCUCUCCCUGGGCUCCCCAAGCAGCCAAUUCAAGCAGAUUGCCCCGGUGCCCCGCUGUUAGGGGUUUGCUACCUGCUGUCCGUUUCCAGUCAGUACCGCACUCUAGCUGUUGGGAUGGGACUGCCUGGGCUCCCUGGUCUUUGCUCGUAGCUCAGAGAACCCGGCAGAUCCUCACCCCCGAUCCCAUACGAAUCUCUUUCCCCCUCUAGGCCUUGGCGCCAUGAAGCUGAACGAGCGUAGCCUGGCAUUCUACGCCACCUGCGACUCCCCCGCCGACAACGCCGGCUUCCUCUUCAAGAAAGGCGAGCGGAACACGGCCUACCACCGCCGCUGGUUUGUGCUGAAGGGCAACAUGCUCUUCUACUUCGAGGAGCGGGAGAGCCGGGAGCCGGUGGGCGUGAUCAUCUUGGAGGGCUGCACCGUGGAGCUCUGCGAGGCCGCCGAAGACUUCACCUUCGCCAUCAAGUUUGACUGCGCCAAGUCGCGAACCUACGUCCUGGCGGCCGAGAGCCAGGCUGCCAUGGAGUCCUGGGUCAAGUCCCUAUCGCGCGCCAGCUUCGACUACUUGCGGCUGGUGGUGAAGGAGCUGGAGAAGCAGCUGGAGGAGAUGCAGUCGGGCCUGGCUGGCAGCCGAAGCAUCCAAAGGAGGUCACCGAUUUACCGGAAAACCAAGUCGGCUCUCUGCUUGGACACCAUGGCUCCAGCUCUGGAGCUGCCACCUGCCCGGGAGAGACCCCUGGUGCCGCCUUGCGCCCCCCUGAAAGAGAAUGGCUGUGCGGUGUGGAAUAACGUUCCGUGCAUGGACAGCCUGCAAGCUGGGGAUGUCCCCGGGGGCCUUGCUGACUCGGGGAGCGUGAGGACGUCUGUGGGGGGCAGCCAUGAGGGAAGCGUGAAGCCGCCUCCUCUGCCGCCUCGCAGACGUGCAUCGUCAGGCAAUACCUGUGGCCCCGGGGCCCUGGUGGCGGACAGCCCGGUGUGCCCAGGCACGGUGUGUUUCUCUAAGCUCCACGACUGGUACGGCAGAGAGAUCACUGAGCUGAGGAGAGAGUGGUUGGAGAGCCAGGAGAGCCACAAACUGUGAUGGAGGCUCGGGUGGGGGCGGGGACGAGUGCAACGAGAUGAGGCUGGGGGGGCUCAUUUGGAAACACUAAGCCUGAAGUCGGCCCGGCUGCGAGUGCCGCCUGAGACACGGUCACAUGCUGCCGAUCUGUCAGCGGGAUGGGGAACUCCGGCAUGAUGCUGGGAACUUUGCCUGCCUGGUGUCACAUGCCCGGCUCCAGCAGUGAUCCCGUGGGUCGCUGAGUCUUGUCUUUCCAUUGCCAGCAGCGUCUUUAAUGUGGAAGUGGAGACAGUUGGUUUUGAACUCUGCCCCUGGGUUUAGGUACCUGACCUGCUGCAUCCAAGCCUGACCCACCCAUUGCUGGCAAUGGACUUCACAGCACCUUGGAGACUAUGAGCUCUUCUGAGCCAAAGUGGCAGUGUCCAAACCCCUCAGGCCGGUGUCGAUCAGGGAAAGUCAUUUCCUGCACUAACACGGGGCUCAGACGCUUGCUGGUCCAGCACCACAGCUCAGGAGGGACAGGCGUGGGGUUCUGAAAGC